AUGGCUAAAGAAUUGUCUUCACACUUUAUUGCCUUUUUUGCUGAUUCCCAAAAUGGAACUGAUUUUUCUCAAGGCUUUUCGUUGAAGUUAAUCACCAAUUUUGACGCCUUCAAAGCUGUCUGGAAUGGAAGCGAAGAUUUCCGCUUUAUUUUGGUUGCUUAUAUUAAUAUCUUCUUUAUUCUGUUGAUAUUUGCUUAUGUUUACCUCAAAAAUCUCAACCAGUACAUGGGCGAGAAGCGAAAGAAGAGACUUGCAAGGAACGCGCCAAAAGGACAGCGUGCUUGGAGUACAAAUGUAGCGGCAGCAGAGCCUAAGAGACGAUCAUAUGUGAAGUUACCGACUCCUGAAAGUUGAAGUUUUUUAGUUAAAUUUUUUUCUAACUUUAUAUUUUUAUAGAGACCAUUUUUUGUUUCUAAUUUAUAAAUUAGGGAGCAGUCCAAAACAAGUACUAUAUUUGUUUUUUG